CUAAUACACCAGCAGCUAGCUUCAGCAAGCAGCCAGCGGAACCCAGCAACCGUCUCCACAUGGCCUGUGAUGUCAUCACUCCCCUCUUCUGAGCAGUUACACAAGAGUGGACUUAGGACUCGGCAUUCUGGGAAAGAGCAGCAGCAGGAGGAGGAAGUGUGGGCAGAGACCCGGACAAGACAAAUGCUCGGGCUCAGGGGUGGAGAACAUCAUGCAGAAGUCUUAGAACCCCAGCCGCGUCUAUCGAGAACCAGAGACUGGAUGGACGUCUUGCUGGACUUUCCCUGAAUAGUGAUCAUGAUGGUCUGGAGAGAAAUCCAGGACAGCCCAGGAGGAGCGUCUUUAGAGCAUCGAAUCCUGCAAACAACAUGUUCGCUGUCUGAGCCUUUGCACCAAACUCUUACUUUUUGAAGCACAUCUUAAGCCUUCAAAUGUGGACUAGUGUUGCAGACACUCUUCAGACUAGGGUGCUACAGACAAGACAAGUGAGCUUUACUGUCUGAGGUAGCAUAAUUAUAGUUGGAAAUGAUUUCUGUCUAGUGUACUUCUGAAAUGUUAUGGGCAAAAUAGAACACUAGAGACUGUACAAACUAGUGCAAUAUAUCAAUUUUACAAACUAGUGAACUAACUAUUUUAAAGAGUAGUACACUAGACACUUUUCAGACUAGUAAACUAGAUACUUUUUUAAAUUAGUGCACUAGAGACUUCACCAUCUUGGACACUGUCUAUUUUUUUCAAUAUCAAUUAACAAAAUAGUGAGCUAUCCAGUUUACAAACUAAUGCACUAUACACAUUUCAGACUAGUGAACUGGAGACUUUUUAAACUAAUGCGCUUAAUGUAGUGCACUAGAGUUUUUUACAAACUAGUGCACUACCCAUUUUACAAACCAUCCCACUAUUUAUUUUACAAAUCAGUGACAUAGACACUUUUAAACUAGUGCACUCAUUUAGAAGAAUUUGAAAAACUCAGACUAGUGCAUUACAGUUUUAAAACUAAUGCAGUAUCCAGUUUUCAAACUAUUGCACCAGACAAGUUUACAGUGUAGUUCACUAUUAAUUCUAAAUUUAUCACAAUAUCUGUUUUAUUAUCUAUGCAUUAAAUUUUAACCUACUGCACUCAACACCUUUUGUGUGCUAGAUAAUUAUCAAACUAGUACUUUCUCCAUAGUGUGAGGCCCAUUUAAGAAGAAGCCCUAUCCAUUUUACAGCCUAGUGCACUAGACACUUUUUUAAACUAGAGCAUUAGAAACUUUUCAAACUACUGCACUAUUUAUUUUACAAACAUGUGCACUAAGUUAUUAAAAUUCUUUAGCUAGCAUUAGACACUUUCAAUGCUAAAAGUGCAUUAGACAAUGUUUAAGUUGUUUCAUUAGACACUUUUUAGCUAUACUUUUUGGAGUACUUUAGACUUCUGUAGUUCUAGACUUCUGAGUUUAGAAAUUAUUGCACUUCACAGAUUAGUGCACAUCUGAGUGCAGGUCACUGCACCUGUGUUGGCUUUUGUUCUUCCGUGAAGAGGCACUGGGAGGUCUGAAUGAGAGAGAUCAGACUGGUGUCAGAUGCAGCUGGUCUCGGAUCAGACAGAAGAGGCUGUCAUGGAGAACUCGGACUCUAGCACUGAUUCAGAACGAGAGUCCUGUGCCAGUCCAUGCUGUAACGAGUCCCGUCCCCUCACACCGUCCUCCUGCCAGCAGGCACGCAAAGGCAGAUGCAGUGGAGGAGUUCAACUACGUAUUAAACACAGGCGCAGUGAGCCUGGGUCCCGCCCCCACUCCUGGCACUCCACUAAGCUGGGUGAGGGCCCUCUGGACCCAGACAGCAUGAUGCAGAUAUCCCAGGGUGCCGUGGGGGCUCCUUGGCACCAGAGCUACCACUCAAGUGCCUCCACCACCGACUUGUCUGGUUAUGAUGCCGGGUUUCUUAGGAAAAGUCCCGACCAGUACAGUUCAAGGGGAAGCAUGGAGAGCCUUGACCCCCCUCACCCUGCCUACAGUUCCUGCAACCAGCUCUCAGCCUCCAAGUCCACCAACAGCAUUGACCACCUGCACAGCAAGCGCGACUCUGCGUAUAGCUCUUUCUCCACCAGCUCAAGCAUCCCAGAGUACCUUGCUGCUGCACCAUCAUUCAGCAAGGAAAGAUCAUAUUCCAUGGAAAGUGUUCCACAGCACAGAGUUUCAGAGGGCAUGCACCAGGCAGAUAUUCGCUAUGUCCGCACUGUCUACGACAACCAACAGGGGGUGUCUGAAGAACACGAGGUGUCUUCCGCAGCACUGCUGAGGGCCAAUGAAAUGAAGGCACAGUCCCGAAGUGGAAGUGUCCAAGGUGGCAUUUGUCACCGUGCCAACAGCAGCAGCAGCAGUAGUGGUAGCAGUGGAAGCAGCAGUGGUGGCGUGUCUGCAUCUCACCGCCACAGUGUAGGCCCAGUUUGGGGCCAACCACAUAACCACAACUCCUUUGAAAAUCUGAAGGGUGCACCAGCACCUCCUUUACGCAGUGACAGCUUUGCAGCCAUCCGUAAUCACGAGCGGCCCAACUCGUGGUCAAGUCUUGAGCAUGCUCGGUCUUUGCGCUCCCUUCACAAGGGUUCUUGGCAUCAUUCUAGUGGCUCUGUGGCAUCAGGAAAGUCAUCGUUUGGACUUGAGGGUCAGCUUCACACUGUUAUUGAAAAGAGUCCUGAGAGUAGUCCAACAAUUAAGCCUAAACAAAGCUUCCCUUCUUCCACACAGCCUGGACGGGCCAUUCUGCCCACUGGUGUGUACCCAGUUCCACAGCCUGAGCCCCAUUUUGCACAGAUACCUACUACAAACCCCAGCUCCAGCAGUGUUUACCCAGCACUUGCUAAGGAGAGCAGUCACAUCCCACAUCCCACAAGGGACCACUGUGGAGGGUCGGACACUGGAGUCAGGAUGGCGGUAGAAAAUGGAUACCAAAGCACUAUGUCCCACUUCAGCCCUGGCCAGCCCCAUGCUUCUACACAACCCAAAUCAUCCAACCAAGUGCAAGAUGACCCCCAGGCCAAAUAUGGUUCUUACAAGUCUCAUUUACAGCCGCAGGGGUACAUGCCUCCAGCACCAUCCAUAGGCCAAGAGAGGAGAGACCCAUUCACCCCUGUUCAGCCAAGGGGGGACAGGCCCAGAUAUUCACAUGGCAUGGAUGUUAUGGAGUCUUAUAGACAACCCAGAGAGGAAGAGUUAAGCAGAUUUCAUGAGCAGAAUGUUCACCCACACCUCACUCAGACAUCUAUUAAAGCUGCACAGGGACAGGCUACACAACCUCAAAGAGGCAGUACGGCUCAAGUGCAAGUAAGUGAUCAAAAAAUCAACUCUUCAGGAAGAUACCACAGUGACUCCAGUACCUAUCAACAGAAGGACCAGGAUUCAGAUCAUCCACUGACGCGACUGGAGAAUGCAUUAGCAGAGGUCCAGAGAUGUGCUAGCCCACAGAGCAGUACUAGCCAGAGCAGCAUCCAGAGUGAGCGUAGCAUGUCUGUGAUGGAGAAAAUUAGUCACUUUGAGAGACAGCAGACCAAACCUCGCAGUCAUAGCAGCCUUGCAAGUUACGCCUCUUCAACACGUCUAAGUCAGGUUUCCCGAGGUUCCAAAAGCUCCCUGUCUGGUAUAGAAGAUUUGCAAAACCACUCUUUUCCUCAAGGGAGAACUCGGAGUGCUUCGGCAAUGGCAAGCCAUGAGGGAAUUGUAGAAACACAUCAAGACAUACGGGCCAGGUAUGGGAGCAUCGAUCAGACCCAAUACAGAAAACCACAUGACCUUCACAGGAGCAAGAGCUCCUUCCAGCUUGGUGAGGAAAAUGGUAAAGACCCCUACAGAAGCAAGUGCACUUUUCAACUUGGUGAGGAAAACGACAAAGACAUCCAAUGGAAAGAUGACCUUCAGGAUAUCUUGGGCACAGUUCAGGACACCUCUUUUAAUCGGGCAUACAGGGAUAGCAUCAAGGAUGCUCAGUCCAAAGUGCUGAGAUCUACUUCUUUCCGAAGACGAGACUUGAGUGUCAACCCUCCCCCUGUGCCUGCCAAGCAUAUGUCUCUGGAAAGGAAGGGACCCAAGACGAGUCCCAAACCCACCACAUCUCCACACACUCCUAAAGAGCGACAUGUUGUCCCUGUUGAGGUACCAGAUAAAAUUCCUCCCCCUGAACUUCCCAGCAUCCCUCCAGUAGGGCCUCCAGUCGUGCGGAUCUGUGGACGCAAACGACUGACCAUGGAACAGAAGAAAAUGUCAUACUCAGAGCCAGAAAACAUGCAUGAAAUUGGCCUUUCUGAUCAAGAGUCUAAUCCAUUUCAGAGGAAAGCACCAUCUCACUUUCUUUUUCCUGAGACAAGUGUUGCAGAUCGCCGCAGGAUGUUUGAACUUGUGGCUAGUCGCAGUGCAGGCCCUAAACCAGCAACUUCAAGGCCAGAUUUGAAACAGAUGCAGCAGGAGGCUUUGGCUGAAUAUGUAGAACGCAAAACGGGUCGACGGAUGGAUGGACGUCCACAUCGCCCCCACAGUGCCUACAUGCAGUCGGCUUCCUCUUCUUCUACAGACUCUCGCAGCCUAACAUCUACACCCAGUCUGUGCUCUCUUCAAGAGCCAGGACCAGACGGUGUUAAUCGCCAGUCCUCCCUGCUCAUAGCCAAUAUGCAGCGGCCUUUCUACCCGAGUAGGGGCACACAAGCACAGUCUCAACAGGAAAUGUACCAUUUAAGGCCACAGGGUCAGACCGCAGAGCCUCAGAAACCAGAAAGGGAGUUAGAGAGACCUGUUCCCUUCCAAGUUCCAUCUCAAGCCCUGGAUCACCUCUACAGUGGCACUGUUCCUCAAAGCAUGGGUGGAGUCUUCGAAAGAUCCGUCCCAGCCAGGAGCUCAGGGAAAUCAGCUUCUGCAGAGGAUCUUUUGGAUCGUACAGAAGACCGUCCGAUAACUCAGCACUUUAGGUCAAGAUCCUCUCCCGUUGUGGAAAAUUACAGUAAGGACUUCUUGGCCGGAGACCUCCGAUUGUUUGGGAUCGUCUCUAAAGAGCCGCCUGAAAACAGAGCUCUGGGGAAUGCUGCACCUGAGCGACUGUCAUCAGGCUCAGCCCGUGCAGAGCGGACCUAUCCGCAGAACCAGGGUCCGAGCCAGACGAACACCCCUGUGGUAAGGAGGGAAAGGAAUCGGAACUUGGACCGACCCCGGGCUCACAGUGCCUCGGGCCUGGCUGCCUCUGUAGGCCUUCCAUGCCCGUUCUCCCCUCCUGGUUCCCACACCACUGGCGAGACGCAGUGUCAGCCAAACCUAGACGCUAUCACUUUCCCUGGGACUGUUCCCGAGGGUUCACUUAGAACGUCAGGAACUGAGCAGCAUAUUCCUGGUGACACUAAUGCUCCCAGAGAUGACCCCUCAACCACUCAGACGAUCGCAGCACCAAAGAUGACAUCUGACUUUACACCUCCGCACCUGGAGGUCAAGGUCUCAGGGUCGCAUGCACCUUUCUUUUCAGAGCCACCUCCCAGGUUAUCUCAUUCUGGAUCGCCCACCACUCCCAAAAGCCCAUCAUCCCCUGUUAAGCCACUCCUUUCUCUGCGGAUCUCAGAGUCCAGCCUCCACUUCUCUCCGCCCACAGCUGUGUCACAAGAAGAGGAUGAUGUAUUUUUUACCCCACUUUCUCCCUCCUUACCACCUCCACCACCCCCACCACCACCACAUCCAUUGCCAAUGAGAGAGACUGACAUCACAGAAGACCUCCCCCUUCCUUGUCCACCACUCACACUCCAAACCAUGGGGGAGGAGCCACAGAAUUUUGCAGCACCUCAAGAACCACAGAGAUUGAACAGCGUUUCGGAGUAUCAUUCCACUGUGACUGUCCACCAGAAGAGAGAUGAAACGCUGGAUGACCUCUCUUCUAUGUCAGUGGCCUCUAAUCCAGGUUCACCCCCCUUCAGAUCUGUGACCUCUGAAGUUGGGAUUCCACAGAGCCCUAAAAAUGGUUCUUUAGAGAAAGAGGAGGAGGAAGCCUCAGAAACAGUGGACCUGGAAUCUCCUCUGCUGGCCCGGAGAGAACGCUCAGCAGCCGAGGUGAAGGUUGAGGCUUUGGCCCGACAGCUUGUGCACAGAGACGAGACUCUCAUUCCUCUACUAGAUGCCUGGUCAAGCACAAGCACUUUGGACCUGAUGGAGGACAUCUUCCCCUCUCGCUCUUCAUCUCUGUAUCAACACGCGAAGAGCAGCACUCGUCGUCCAGGAGACAGGGCUUCUGAGGCACUGUCAGCAGAAGGCACCUCAGUGAAAGUUGGGAUGGAGACAGAUCUGGAUGAGGAGGAGUCAAAUCUAAAUGAGAAGAAGGUGGAGCUAUUGCAGGCCCUGGCUGUUAGUGUAUCGGUACUGCAUGGAGAGAGAUCCAGCCUGGCAGAGGAGCAGCAGCUCUACAGUGCACUGGGCAGCAGCAUGGAGGCACUGGUGCAGCAGCGCUGCAAACCCAAUGAGAAGGAGAAGUACCGCAUGUUUAUUGGAGACCUGGAGAAGAUUGUGAACCUGCUGCUGUCUCUUAGUGGCCGGCUCGCCCGAGUGGAGAACGCCAUCAGUGCUCUCAGCAAGGAGACUGACCAGGACAGUGCUGAUGAAAGGGAGUCUCUGCAGAGGAAGCGGAGGCAGCUGUGCAGUCAGCAGGAGGAUGCACGGGAACUGAAGGAGAAUCUGGACAGGCGGGAGCGCGUGGUGCUGGAUUUCCUGGCUGGCUACCUGAGCCCGGCGCAGCUGCGCGACUACCAGCGGUACGUCCGCGCCAAACCAGCCCUGCUCAUCCGCCAGCGGCACCUGGACGAGCUCAUCCGACACGGCGAGGAGCAGCUGAAGAGACUGACCGAGAGCGUGCCUCCUGAGCUCCUCCCACAAGACACAGACUCCACCCACACUUCAGACACCAGUUCUAAUGCACUCUCUACCCACUCACCACGACCCACCACUGUGACCUCGCUCUGACUCCGCCCACCUGAACACUGAAGACACUGCUCUUGGCUGCUGAGGAGGUAGAGAAAUGAAGGGAUGAAGUUUGAGAGAGAAAGAGAGAGAAAAAGGGGUUUAAUAAAGUGGAUAAUAAAAGAGGGAGAAAGAAAUCUUAAUCUUAAAGAGAUCCUUCCUCUUCCAGGACCCCCUGCACACGAGGGGAAAGUGCCUUAACCGGAAUGCAUCGGUAUAAAGGAUGAUAUUACUGUAUGGACCGUAGUAAUCUGUUGCCUUUAGGAAGUGCAGUUGAAUCUGUCCUCAGCAUCACAAGCCACAAAAACACCAGACCAUUUCACACGUGCCUCCACACCUGUGUAUUUCAAACCUGACAGGACCGGACCGGAUGAUCCCAGACCUGCCACACUGUGUCUUCUGUAUUGUUGCCUAUACACAAAACCCCAGUACCAGUACUGUAAAUACUGUUUAUUGUUUCAAAUGUUUCAGAAACUACUGCCACCUCUGUAGUUCAAAUUGUUGCAAUUAUUUUGAUCAACUCUGAAUAAUAAGGAUAAGGUUAUUCUCACAAAACAGACGAAUAAUCGAGUCGCAUACCAAGAUCAAAUUUUUUAAGUUUUAUGUUCAGGUGUAUUAAAAAAUCUAAUUUGAGCAACCUGUCUGGAAAGAAAAUCGCCAGACACACCAAAACUUUAUGGACCUUGUACAGUACCAGUCAAAAGUUUGGACACACCUUUAAUUUUAUUUAUUUUAUUUUUUAAAUUAUUUUAAACUUGUAGAUUAAUAAGUUAAAGUCAUCCAAACUAUGAAGAAAAACAUUUGUAAUUAUUUAGUAAAGAGAAUAAAAAACAUAAGAGUUGGUGAAUACAGCGUAUAGCCCUAUUUGAGUAAUGUUUUAAUCCAUAUUGUGGCAAGAACUAGUCAACUAAUUCAUUUUAAGAAAUGAAGGUCAGUUAAGUUACCAGUCGAGUUAACAGCACCCCAGAUAAGAGAGCGCCAACUUUGACUUUUGACUGGUACUGUAUAUUAAGCAGAUACAAAAAAAAACUUCAUCUGGUGAUUAUAUUAAUUAUUAAUUUAUUAUAAGAAUGUGUUGUAGUAUUUUGGGUUAUUUGGUUACUUGAGUGGAAGGAAUUCCAUCAGUCUUUCAUAACAGUCUAGGAAAUACUUUUAAGUGUUUUAGGUUUUCCCAGUGUUUGCUGAGUUUUGUGAGAAUAACCAAUAAGCAGUGGAUGAUUCCUUUCCUCGUCAAACAGAAAGAAUCACAUCACACACACCCUCACACUCACACAGAUACACACACACAGCCUUAAAAUGAUGACUAUCCUCAAUCUUCCUCUUGACAAGACUAAGUAAGUGCUGGAAAGUAAAGGCUGCCAUGAUGACAUCAGCAACUGCAAUAAUUAUUUAUAAUAAAAAGCCUCUAUAUAUGAAAAGGUUUGUAAUAUGUAAGUGUACAUACUCCAAGCUAACCUCUCAAGAUCUUUUAAAUGUGUAGAAAAAAAGUGUAUAUUUUAUAAAGAUUAGUUAAGAAUGCACAUCCAGAGAACUGUGCAUGUGCGUUGUUUUUUUUU